GCAAAACUGAUGUUCGGCUUAAAAGGCAAGAAGAAGAAAAAGGUCCAGUCAGACUUGGUCCUUGAAAACAAGGCGGCUCUGGACAGUGAAGGGGAAGUCUGCUGUGAGGCAUCGCAGAUGCUUGAAGGAAAUAGUGACGAGGAUCAACAUGGAUUCUCUGCAAUCAGAACCAGAAUCCUCCCAAAUACUAAAAGGUCCAAACUUAACACACGCAUGCAAGAUAGUGAAGGGAAACCACAGAGCUUCCAGGUUGCUAUAAACAUCACAGAGGCCAAACAACUAGUGGGGGAGAACAUCGACCCCAGUGUGGUGAUUGAAAUUGGCGAUGAGAAAAAACAGACGACAGUCAAAGAGGGAACCAACGCUCCUUUUUACAAUGAGUAUUUUGUGUUUGACUUCUUUGCCCACAAAGAGAUCUUCUUCGACAAAGUCAUCAAGCUGACGGUGAUGCAUUCCAAGAUGCUGAGGAGCAUCUGUAUUGGCACCUUUAAGUUGGAUGUCUGGACAGUCUACAAACAGCCAGGUCACCAAUUUAUUAACAAGUGGGCAAUGUUGUCAGUCCCGGGAGACAUUAGCACAGGCUGCAAAGGUUAUGUCAAGUGUGACAUUAGUGUCUCGGCAAAGGGUGAUGCUAUACAGCCCAGUCUUAAAGCCAGUGACGCUGAAGAGCAGAUAGAAAAGAACCUACUAAUCCCAGAAGGAUUCCCAUCUGAACGUCCCUGGGCACGUUUCUCAGUUAGGGUCUAUCGAGCGGAAGGUCUUCCCCGCAACAACUCCAGCAUCAUGGCCAAUGUGACCAAAGCCUUCAUCGGAGACAACACAGCGCUUAUAGACCCUUUUGUGGUUGUUAGCUUCUUCAAACAAAUGGGUCGCACUUCCACACAGAGGUCCAAUGCAGAUCCAGUAUGGAAUGAACAGAUCGUAUUCACCGAGAUGUUUCCUCCUCUGUGCCAAAGGAUGAAGAUUCAGGUUUGGGAUGAAGGAAGUAUGAGUGACGUUGCCAUAGGAACCCAUUACUUUGACUUGAGGCGCAUUUCCAAUGAACAGGAUGGCGACAGAGGCUUUUUACCUACUUUUGGUCCCGCCUGGAUAAAUUUGUAUGGCUCUGUCAGAAACUCUUUGGGUGAUGACACAGCUGAGCUGAACGAGGGCAUUGGAGAGGGAGUCUCUUACCGGGGGCGUGUCUUUGUGGAGCUGGUGGUGGAGAUCCUGUCAGGUGGUACGGGCCCAGUGUCCAAAAUUGCCCAAAUGGUGAAGACUGCAAAGGAUGCUAAAGUGGCAAAGGCUGGAGGGAAAGACACCAAGGCCCCAGCAGCUGGAGGCGUAGGAGGCGGCUCAUCUGGAAGUACAGGUGAUGACGACAAAGGGAAAGCAGGGGCAGAGGUUCUACCAGUGGAACCUCCUCCUACACUGGAUACUGAAAACACAGAGGACUUCAUCCUCUUUGGAGCCUUGUUUGAAGCCACAUUGAUUGACAGAAAGAUUGGAGACAAGCCUAUCACUUUUGAGUUCUCGCUGGGUAACUGCGGUAAUGUGCAAGAGCCUGCUGGUCAACCUAGCAUGAGUGCUCCAAGUCCAGCACCCAGCCGCAGGAGACAAGCGCAGGACUUUUCUGACAGGUCCUCCCCUUCCUCUCCACUGUUACCCAGAGAGCGUCAAGACCCCAGCAGGACUUCUAAAUCCACCACUGCUCCCCAAAAACCAAUUCCCGUUGCAGGAAACAGGUACUACAUGUAUUUGCCUCUGGAAAAACAGAAGCCAUGCAUCAAUGUGUUGAGUCAAUGGGAGGACAGAACCUACAGGCUGUACAACUCUAACAUGCUGGAGAAUAUAGUAGUCUUGUUUGAGGAAGGAGUGACCAGGGCAACUGAACUCCAUAGGAAGUCUUUUCCAGGGGCUGAGGAGACACUAAAAACAACAGUCAAAGAAUUUUGCAUGGAUGCCAGGCGUUUUAUAGCAGUAGCUGAAGCGAAGUUGAAGGCUCAGUUAAAGACUAACCACCUGACGCAGCUGGACAGAAAACGCCUCUCGAUGUGCAAACAGGAACUGGAAAGUAUGAUUGGAGAUGCUCAGUCUCUGGUGACGAGGAAGAGGAAGUCAGGCGGCGUGAAAGAAGAGCUCCAAGAUGCAACAAAACUCACACAGAAACUACGCUUUUUAGUGGAGGAGCCACAACAUACGGUGCCUGAUAUCUUUGUGUGGAUGUUGAGCAACAACAAACGCAUCGCAUACGCUCGACUCCCAGCCAGAGAUGUCAUCUUCUGCAGCAGCCCGGAGGCCCGUGGAGUCCACUGUGGAAAGAUUGUGACGCUCUUCCUCAAGCCACCAGGGAAGCGUGUGACAGGCUUUUCAGUGCAGGCCAAAGUGGAUGUAUAUUUGUGGUUUGGAUCUUGCGCUGACUCUGAUCACAUGUUGGAUGACCUGCCUGUGGGCUUCAACGCUGCCACAGGGGGAUCACAUGCUAACAACCCCCCCACUCAGCUGAAGUGUGCAGAACAGCAUCAGUUCCAUUUAAGGUGUCACCUGUAUCAAGCUCGCGGGCUGAUUGCUGCGGACAACUCGGGCCUGUCUGAUCCUUUCGCUCGGGUCACAUAUUUGUCGCACAGCCAGACCACCAAUGUGAUCAGUCAGACUCUAAGCCCCACAUGGAAUCAGUGCUUACAAAUGAAUCCCAUUCUGCUGAGUGGAGAUCUUCAACAAAUUCAGGAGGAACCGCCAAGACUCGUCAUUGAAGUAUACGAUGACGACGCGCUGGGCAAGGCGGAGUAUUUAGGGGCCACAGUAGCAUCGCCUGAAGUUCGCCUGCUCUCUGAGCCCUACGUGCCUCCUAUGCUGCAGUACAGCCCACUACACCACACCAGCCAAUCAGGAGGAGAGCUUCUGGCCGCCUUUGAGCUGGUGCAGAUUCCCAUAUCUGGCGAGCUGUGUCUGCCUCCCUUAAAAGAACAGGAUGGAGGCAUCUACACAGUACCUGACAACAUUAGACCUGUUCUCAGUACAUACAGACUCGAGGUGUUAUUCUGGGGUCUACGAGAACUUAAGAAGGUUCAGUUACUGUCUGUGGACCGCCCACAGGUAUUCAUUGAAUGUGCUGGAAAAACGUUGCGUUCUUCCGUCAUUCAGCGGUACAAAUCCAACCCCAACUUCACCACGCUGGUUGACACUAUAGAGCUGGAGUUACCGGAGAACGAGCACCUCCACCCUCCACUCAGCAUCACCGUUGUCGACUGGAGGGCUUUUGGUCGCAGCACACUCGUUGGAAACCACGUUAUCAACAACCUGAUGACCUUCAAAUACAUUGCCCCCCCGGCCCUGCCUGCCCAUGCACCACCAGCAGAGAGCCAUAAAAAGAGCACCCGACGUUCCACCAAGCGAAGGAGGCGGACAAUCGCGGAUGAGUCAGCAGAGUGCGUCAUUGACUGGUGGUCCAAAUAUUACGCCUCUGUGGAGAAACAGACCAAACAAACAGAAGGCUCUCCGUUCCCUCAAGUUUUUGAAAAAGUGAGCAGUUCAUUGGAUGGCAACAAGAAAAAGAAACAGAAGGGUAAAGGAAUGCAAGAGCAGAACCUGAACCCGAGUCUGCCCUCCAAACUGGCCACCCUGCAGCUAUACAACAAGGAGCUGGAAGCAGAAUUCGGACCCUUUGAUGACUGGGUUAAGACAUACGAGCUGUUCCGCGGAAAGUCCAACGAGGAAGAGGGAUCAACAGAGGAGAGGUUUGUCGGCAAGUUUAAGGGGAGCUUUUGCUUGUAUAAACUCACUGAAGAUGAGGAAGGGGCGUGGGAGGAAGAUGAUGGACACCUCAGAGUCAACAGGGGAAUCCCACCGAACACACCAGUUCAAGUCCUCAUACGGGUUUACAUUGUGUCGGCAUCAAACCUGCACCCUGCCGACCCAGAUGGAAAAGCAGACCCUUAUGUUGUUGUUCAACUCGGCAAGAACGAAAUCAAAGACCGUGACAACUACAUCCCAAAACAGUUGAACCCUGUUUUUGGAAGGUCAUUUGAGAUACAGGCAACGUUUCCUCAGGAGUCUCUGCUGUCGGUGCUGAUCUAUGACUACGACAUGGUGGGAGGGGACGACCUAAUAGGGGAGACCCGGAUUGACUUGGAGAACCGCUUCUACAGCCGACACCGAGCCACCUGCGGACUCCCGACUGAGUACAGUCUUGAAGGUUAUAAUGCCUGGAGAGACUGUCUGAAGCCAUCUGAGCUACUGACAAAGCUUUGCAGAGAAAACAACUUGGACGGUCCUCACUUCAGACCAGGACGAAUCACAGUGGCCGACAAAGUCUUCACCGGGAAGACGCUUUUCAUGCAUGAAGACGAGGAACCGAUGGAGUCCUAUGAGCACUUGUCUCUAAAGAUUCUGCAUCGUUGGUCUGAGAUCCCCAGCAUCGGGUGCAAGCUGGUACCGGAGCACAUUGAGACCAGGACGCUUUUUCACAAGGCUCGACCAGGGAUGGAUCAGGGCCAGGUCCAGAUGUGGGUGGAUAUGUUCCCCAUGGACCUGCCUCAUCCUGGACCCGCAGUAGACAUUUCCCCUCGCAAACCCAAAGGGUAUGAACUUCGAGUCAUCAUUUGGAACACGGAAGACGUGGUUCUAGAAGACAGCAACUUCCUGACUGGUCAAAAGUCCAGUGAUAUUUAUAUCAAAGGCUGGCUGAAAGGUUUGGAGGAUGACCGCCAGGAGACCGACGUCCACUACAACUCUCUGACGGGGGAAGGAAACUUCAACUGGCGCUUUGUUUUCCCCUUCCACUACUUGCCCGCGGAGAAGGUAAUGGUGGUGAAGAAGCGAGACAGCAUUUUUUCCCUAGAUAAAACUGAACAGAAGCUGCCCGCUAUCCUCAGUCUUCAAGUGUGGGACUUCGAGACGCUGUCCUCCGACGACUUCCUAGGCACAGUGGAGUUGGACCUCCACGGUUUCCCACGUGGCGCGAAGACUGCCAAAUCGUGCAAAGUAGACAUCUUCACGGAUGGGACGGAGCGGAUCUCGAUCUUCCAGCAGAAGAGAUCCAGAGGCUGGUGGCCUUUCAGCAAGUCUGGAGAACUGACGGGAAAAGUGGAGGCAGAGUUCCACCUUGUGACAGCUGAAGAGGCUGAGAAGAACUCAGUGGGCCGAGCUCGAAAGGAACCAGAACCACUGCCCAAACCCAACCGACCUGACACCUCCUUUUCGUGGUUUGUCAACCCCUUCAAAUGUUUCUUCCACCUGGUUUGGCGGAACUACAAGAAGUACAUCAUCAUUGCUAUGGUGUUACUUGUCACAGCACUCUUCCUGGUGCUGUUGCUCUACACUUUGCCGGGCGCCAUCUCGGAAAAGUUGGUCAAUGGAUAG